GGUACUAAAAGAUGGCUUGUCUUUGUCAUUUGAUUAAUUUAGGUCCCUAUCGAAGAACCAGAAAACAGCGACCUUUCAACUAUAUUCACUUAUCCAUCUAGCAAUAUUCAUGUUCUUGGUAUUAUAUUUAAGUCUUCAAUUAAUGUCAUUCACUUUCCUCAAUGAAAGCAAGAAGGAGCAAUUAGAGAAGAUGAAGAAGAUGAAUCUGUUACUGAGGAAGUGUAAGACAUUGUCAAGGCAGCUUGGAAGAAGCUCAUCUUAUAGUAGUUUAAGGUCCAAAUCUACAAGAGAAGAUUUGAUCUGGAAUGUGGAAUCUGAGGAUAAUAAAGAAGAUUUUGAGACAAUUCUUGUUGGGAGCUCAAGAAGGAGAUAUGUGAUAAAAUCCAAGUACUUGAGUCAUCCACUGUUGAAUGCUCUAAUAGAGAAAUCAAAGCAGAAGCAUGCAUAUGCAUGGGAAGGCCAUCUUUCAGUUAAGUGUGAGGUUGUGCUCUUUGACCAUCUUCUUUGGUUGCUUGAAAAUGCUGAUCCCACCAACUUUACUUCUGAUUCUUUCGAGGAAUUGGCUGAUCUAUAUGUUGUUUGAAUAUUUUCAAUCCUGGUAUCUGAUUUCCACUUCUCCCCCUUAAUUCCCUAGUCAAACUAGUAGUAAUAAAUUUUAAGGAGUGACUGUCUCUACAAAAGAAUGAGAAGAAUCUCAGUCCUAUUAUGUGUACGUUCUUGGUUAUAGCUUACAUCAUUCUUUAUUCAAAUUGUUGAUAUCCAAUGUAAGAAUUAUAAACUGAUAAAGUUUGUCGUUGUUGGUACAUUGUGAAUGUGAUGUUGAUUAAAGGAA